CUAUCGGUUUAGUCAUAAUAAUAAGGACGACUUCGUGGCUGUGGUAACUAGUGAAGACCGCAGUCAAGCUAACAACAACAGAUGAAACAGGUUUAAAAUAUGUUCACAUCGAAUGAACUAACUACGAAUAACUUCAACAACGGAGAAAAUUGAGAUAUUUUCUGCAGGAGUGUCCAGUGACUAACUACUAACUAGUGAACUACAUAUUAUGAUGCCAUGGAGGAUAGGAAGCUGAAGAGAAAGAUUUCUAGGCCCUCCACCAACCAGGCCCCUGCCCCACCAACCAGCACCCGGAAGAACACCGCCUCAGGACGGCAUCUGGGCUUCAGCCACAUGGGUACACACUCCAGCCAGAAGGGGAAGAGCCGCAGGGGUGUGAAGGCCAGACCGCAGCAGGCUUCAGGCAGUAAGGCAGGCCAGAGCCAGGCGGACCCCAUCCAACACUCCUUUCUGACGGACGUCUCCGAUGUGCAGGAGAUGGAGAAAGGACUGCUGAGCCUUCUCAAUGACUUCCACAAUGGAAAAUUACAGGCCUUUGGUAAUGAGUGUUCUAUAGAUCAGAUGGAACAUGUGAGAGAGAUGCAGGAGAAGUUGGCUCGGCUGCACUUUGACCUUUAUGGGGAGGUGGACGAGAUGCCUGAGGACCAACGGAAGACCGCCUGCGACUCCAACAUGGACAAACUACUGCUCAACGUAAGAUCUGGCAAUAGGUUUGGUUAAUCUAGAGGAACUGAGUUCGUCAAUUCAGAAGCUGAAUCUGGCAGACAGCCAGGAGAUACCCAGGACAGCCAGCAUUUAAGUCGGUCUGCAGUCAAGUCUCAUCUCCUUGUCUCCUAACCUCUUCUCCUUAUUUGAUUUCCUUAUCCCCUAAAUUCAUUUCCUUAUAUGCCUCUUCGCUUCUCCUCUAACAUCCCCUCCCCUCUUCUCCUCUACCGUCCCCUCUCCCGUCCCCUCUUCUCCUCUCCCGUCCCCUCUCCCGUCCCCUCUUCUCCUCUAACAUCCCCUCCCCUCUUCUCCUCUCCCGUCCCCUCUUCUCCUCUCCCGUCCCCUCUCCCGUCCCCUCUUCUCCUCUAACAUCCCCUCCCCUCUUCUCCUCUACCGUCCCCUCUCCCGUCCCCUCUUCUCCUCUACCGUCCUCUCUCCCGUCCCCUAUUCUCCUCUAACAUCCCCUCCCCUCUUCUCUUCUCCUCUCCUCCCCUCUCCCCUCUCCCGUCCCCUCUUCUCCUCUACCGUCCCCUCUCCCGUCCCUUCUUCUCCUCCACCUUCUCCUCUACCGUCCCCUCUCCCGUCCCCCUAUUCUCCUCUAACAUCCACUCCCCCUCCCCUCUUCUCCUCUACCCUGCCCUCUCCCGUCCCCUCUUCUCCUCUAACAUCCACUCCCCUCUUCUCCUCUCCUCCCCUCUCCCCUCUCCCGUCCCCUCUUCUCCUCUACCGUCCCCUCUCCCGUCCCCUAUUCUCCUCUACCGUCCCGUCCCCUCUUCUCCUCUAACAUCCACUCCCCUCUUCUCCUCUCCCGUCCCCUCUUCUCCUCUACCGUACCCUCUCCCGUCCCCUCUUCUCCUCUACCGUACCCUCUCCCGUCCCCUCUUCUCCUCUACCGUCCCCUCUCCCGUCCCCUAUUCUCCUCUACCGUCCCCUCUCCCGUCCCCUAUUCUCCUCUACCGUCCCCUCUCCCGUCCCCUAUUCUCCUCUAACAUCCACUCCCCUCCCCUCUUCUCCUCUACCCUGCCCUCUCCCGUCCCCUUUUCUCUUCUUCUCUCCCCCACCCUCCCCUCUUCUCCCCUCUCCCGUCCCCUCUUCUCCUCCAACAUCCCCUCCCCUCUUCUCCACUCUCCACCCUCCCUUCUUCUCCACUCUCCCCUCUUCCCCCCCCCCUCUUCUCCUCUACCCUGUCCCCCCCCCCCCCCCCCCCCCCCCCCCCCCCCCCUCUUCCCUCUCCUCUCCUUGGGGCUAGGGGUUUAUGUGAUUGGGCCUAAUCACCAUCCUCCACUUAUCUGUCGAACACACUGCAAACACAGUUGCACAUAUUUGUGACUUUGUUUAAAGGGGGAAACUCACUGCACAUAUCCACAUGAGUGUCUGGACAAAUGUUCAUGCCUUUUUUUAAUUGUUUGCCUUUUUAUUGUUGCCUUGGUUUGAACCAGUGUUACAUUGAGAUAUAAAGAAAUAUAUAUAUUUAUUUAAAUAUAUAUAUUUGACCUUCUCCUACACAUAUUUGUCUUAUAUGCAGUUGGAAUGCAAUAAUCAUAUUUGAAACUGCUUGAUUGUCAACCUUUUAUUUAGAGUAAUCCUGUACAUUACAGAUUGAGGUUUUAUUGUUUAUUAAUGUGGUUGGGGUGGAUUGUUCUGAUUUAUUUUCCUCAGUUUUAGGAAAAAGUCAAUAAAGAGAAUUCUAAUGACUUGAA